AACUAAGGCAUGCCACCUGCAUGCAUAUUCACUGAUGUGUAUUCCUAUUCUGGCCUCUAUUCUGCAAUAAGCAUAUUUAACAAAGAUCAGAUUGCAUGUUUUAACGGUGCUCUUUGUUUAUUAUAAUAAUUGUGUAAGUGUGCUUUUCCAAUUGAUAGCUAAGGAAUGCGGUAGCCCAAAUAUUUCCCAGGAGCCCAGAUGGUUUUCCCAAUAAUGCCGCCCGUCAGCAGCGUGUUUGCAGGUCGAGCGCAUUGUUUGAGAUUGAGAGGACUGGCGCAGGAGGGCGUAGAGUACCUGUGACGAGGAUGCGCGCUUGCGCGCGCACACACACACACACAGAACAGCGACAUCACAGCUGAGUUCAUUUCGCGUCUCCGCUCUGUCUCACGUUACUUGGCUUUCAACUAACUAUUAGACGACUUUCCUGCGGUUUUGCACGAUUUCUGACGAAAGCCAUUUCAAGUGAAGGGCCUGAGGGAAAGAGAGCUGUUUUAUUUUUUAGUGAAGAAGAGUAAAACAGCAGCAUUUGUGUAUACCAGAGGAAACGGAGGGGUGAGCAGCAGUCUCGUGGUACUCACCCCUCCUGGUCAGACUGCUGAUGCUGAAGAUGUUGACCCACAGUGCAUGUCUGCUGCUCUUAAUGUUGCUGGGUGUUGUGUCCACUCUGUGGGGUUACCCCUUCAGACCCCCGCUAGACCUGGACGUGAUCCCCAGAACUACGGUCCUCUCCAACGGGCUGUUGGGCCUCAGGCGCUUCAGAGGCUCGACACUGAACUACAGUUUAUUGCUACUGGAGGAGGAGGCAGGCGUGCUGUACGUGGGAGCGAGAGGGGCUUUAUAUGCUCUGCAGGCUAGUGACAUCUCCAGCAGCCCUCCGCAGACCAUUGACUGGGAGGCAUCAGAUGAUCAGAAGCAGCAAUGCUUGAACAAAGGGAAAGAUAACAAGACAGAGUGCUACAACCACAUACGAUUCCUGCAGAGGUUCAACAGCACACACUUGUUUACUUGUGGCACACAUGCUUUCAGCCCUCUGUGUGCAUACAUUAAUGGGAGAACGUUUAAGUUCUCGUCAGCCUUCGAGGAGGGUCGAGAGAAAUGUCCAUAUGACCCCACCAAAGGCUACACUGGCCUGUUGAUUGAUCAGCAGAUGUACACAGCAUCUCAGUAUGAGUUCCGGAGCUUUCCUGAUAUCCGUCGCAACUCUCCGAAUCCCACAUUAAGAACAGAAGAGGCUCCAACUCAAUGGCUACAAGAGGCUGAUUUUGUGGGCUCAGCGCUGGUGAGGGAGAGUGUCAGUAGCUCAGUGGGAGAUGACGAUAAGAUUUACUUCUUCUUCACCGAGAAGAGUCAAGAGCUCAGUCCAUACUUCAGUCACAGCAGAGUCGCACGGGUCGCUCGAGUGUGCAAGAGAGACAGAGGAGGUCUCCUCACACUGCAGAAGAAGUGGACCUCCUUCCUGAAGGCCCGUCUGGUGUGUUCUUUACCUGACUAUGAGUUUCACUUCAACGUGUUGCGGAGUGUGUUUUUUCUGGAGGGCUCCAGCUCUCAGGACUCUGUUUUCUAUGGCAUAUUUGGUCUGGAAUGGAAAAACAUAAAGGCAUCUGCUAUCUGCCAGUACUCGGUUUCGGAUGUCCAGUGGGCCUUUGAGGGUCCUUACAUAGAAAGCAAAGAGGACUCCAGCUCCAAAUGGACCCAGUACACAGGGAAGGUGCCAAUACCACGACCUGGCUCGUGCAUCACAGAUAAUCUUAGAGCAAAAGGCAUCAACUCAUCCACCAACCUGCCAGACGAUGUACUUCACUUUGUCCGUCGCCAUCCGCUCAUGCACAGACAGAUCCUUCCUCAAGAACAGCGCCCUCUGCUGUUUAGGAGGAAUGUGGACUACACCAAAAUUGCUGUACACAGAGUGACUGGUCUUGAUGGUCACAUAUAUCAUGUACUCUUCAUUGGGACAGACGAAGGUUGGCUGCAAAGGGCUGUGAAGGUUAUUGGAAAGCUGCACAUCAUUGAGGAGCUGCAGCUGUUUGAGGAACCCCAGCCAGUGGAAAGUAUAGUCAUCUCUGAGAAACAGAUGAGUGUGUAUGUGGGUUCGCCCACCUCAGUGGUGCAGUUGCCCUUGUCCACAUGCAGCAGAUACUCCUCGUGCUUUGACUGUGUGAUGGCGCGUGAUCCCUUCUGUGCCUGGGAUGGACUGGAGUGUGUGGAGAUUACAUCACACAACAGAAGGGCCAAUCUGACACAGGAUAUUCUGAAUGGAAACCAGGGCUGUGAUGAAUCCAUAGCAGAUGAUCAAGUGUUACACCGCUCUCGCUCUGUGAUGACGGGUGAUGACGUGCUGCUUCAGUGUGAGCUCAGCUCCAAUCUGGCAACCCCUGAGUGGAUGCUGGAUGGAAAGGAACUGCCGGGUUAUGGACUGGACUCCGGUUACCGCGUCGGCACUGACGGUCUCCUGGUCAUCGAAGCACGGCCUUACCAGAGCGGCAACUACUGCUGCUUUGCCCUGGAGAAUGGUGUCCAUGUUCCUGUGGUGAUCUACAACUUGACAGUUCGCAAGGAGCUUCCCGCACCUCCUCCUGUUGAGCCAACGCGGCCACGGUUGACCACUGCGAUCUACUGGACCAUUCAAUCUUCCAAAAGUGACUCCUCGGAUGACUUCAAUCCAACCCCAAUGUCUCCUCGCUUCGAGUUCCUGUCUGUGAGGAACAUGGAGGCCAUGUACCUAUCCCUAAUCACAAUUCUAGGAGGCCUGUGUCUUGUUCUAACAGUCAUCCUGAUUUAUGUGGGAUUCUGUUUGCAAGGACAGAGGGGUAAAUACUCUUUACGGGCUGCAUCUCGUGCCGAAAGAAAGCGAGGUGCCCACAUGGAGCUGAAGACCAUCUCCAGCCACUGCAAUGGGAAACUGGAUGCUCACGACGGCCUGCUGCAGAUCGUCCCUGGAGAAGCAACAACAUCACCCAACAAAGAGCUUCCUCCUGCUCCACCUCUCCCACCGCCACCAGAAUCAGAGUUUGUCAGUGGACUCUCUGCCACUUUACCCAGCGUCUUACGCAAGAUGAAUGGCAACAGCUAUGUGUUGUUGAGACAGACAGAUGGAGACACCAUGUCUCCGCUCUAUUACUCCUUCACAGAGGAGCUCAACAGGAUACUGGAGAAGAGGAAGCACACGCAGCUGUGUAGUAAACCCGAUGAGAGCUCAGUGUGAAAUCAACCUACCCUGUGGAGAUGCGUUUGAACUGCUGGUGUCCCCUCAAGUGUUCAAGGGCAGUGUCAUCGUAUAAUACCCCUUCUUCACCCAGACUAACUUUAAUGGAAUGCUAAUGAGUAGCCACAGCUGCUUUUAUUGGCAGAUAAACAAAGUGUUGGUAUUCCUCUAAAAGUAGCAAACUCCCUCCGUUUACAUUUCAAAUGUAGAGCUUGUGACUGUCAACAGACUGAGGAAAGCUCACUGGUCACAAAUAGCAAAGAAUGGACACAUACAAUGGAAAUUCUACCUCAGCAAAGUGUAUCGCACAGCUUUUGGCUUGUUUCAGCAUGCUUGCUUUAAAUUCGAGUUGGAGUUAGGGAUGUAUAGUCGGGGACACGCAGCAAGGGAAUCUUUAAAACAAAAGAGUCCAUCUGAGGGAAUCAAGUAAAUGAUUCUGUUACAAACAGGUUGGAAGAAACCUUUACAAGGCAGCAUAGUAAAAAAGCAACAAGGUGAACUCAAAUGGAGGUAUCUCACCGGGAUGGAGCAAAUCGUGUGAAAACUCUAGUGCCGUAAAGCGCUGAAUGUCUUUGAUAUGUCCUUUAUUUUAAUAUUUUCUAAUUUAUGCCAACACUGACCAUAUCAAUAACAGCUUGUAAUAAUAAUCAUAAUUAAAAUUAGCAGGGAUAACAGACGUUAAAAAUCAUUAGAAAUGCACUUGAUGGUACUAACAGUGUAAAUAUGGCAUAUAUUGAUAGUUUCACAGGAGUUGGGAACCCAGGAAGAUGACAGUAUUAACCACUGAGAUGCACUUUAUGGACCGGUAGCAUUUGUUUUCCAUGAAGUUGUGCUUAUUGUGACAGAUCUGGAGAAUACGAAAUGGAUUACAAAGACAGGACCAUUGCGAAAUAUGUGAAAGCGACAAUUUGAAUGGACUCUGAAUUGAAACUGCUGUGAGAAGGAAGACUAAGUAACUGUUUAACACUGAGAAAUGGACCCCUAAAUAUGUCUGGAUUUGUUUGAUUUAAGAUUUGUUAUGUCUCAGAUCUGUUAUGUCUCACAUCUGUAAGUCUCUUGUAGUAUUGUCAUGAUUCCUUGUCAGAAUCCGUCGUCUGAAUUCCGGGGUCAUUGGCUGCUAGGUCUCCAUGGCAACCACAGAGCAGAGGUAAAGCUGAUGCUGACCUUCUUAGAUUAUCCUUUUGACAUGACCAAUUAUUGCAGGACUUCUUACAGUCAGGUCUCACAGUUUCAACAGAAAUUAGCGAAUUAGCACAAAGUCGUGAAAUUAGGCUUCUGCUGCCAGUAAAUAAACUAAAUUCACUUCUAGUCAGGAAACGAUGGACAAUGAGUAUUGUAACAUGGUGAUAUUGGGGGGUUUAAUUAUCCCCUACACUUCCAGUAAGUCAAUUAAACUGUUGUGUAAAUGUUCGUCUUGGAACUGCUCCAACUGCUCAGACUGCCCACACUUGCAUGCAAGAGCAUUUUGGCGUAUCUCCCACUAUACUUAAGGGGAGCGAAGCACCUGGUUCUGUCUGUUUAGAUCAGAAUAUGCAGAUUGCAAUGGAGCCGAGUGGAGAACAUUAAGGCCACAUGUUCAGAACAGAGCUAAGAUGAGCACUGCUGAUAGUGUAGUUUGCUCUCUCCCUUAUGCUUCGUGUUCAAACUUACUGUUUUUGGUUUGUUUAGUAGAGCUGGACUUACUUUUUCACUUUCGAUUUGUUUUUUUCUUAAACACUUCAAGAUGUCAUUAUUUAAAUAUUUAUCCUCAUGUCAUUGCAAACCUGUAUAUUGUUAUUUUUACACUGAAGAAAUGUUGAAGUAUCUUUCCGUGGCUCUUUCUAUGCAGUGAAACUUUAUAGUGACUAAAAAGGAUAAAACAAACUUACACUGCAAAAAAAAAAACAAUAAUAAUAAUGAUAAAAAAAGAUUUUCUUCCUCUGAAUUUGUCUUGUUUUCAAGUACAAAUAUCUAAACAUUCUUAGAUUAAGAAAGAUUUACUAGAAAAUCUAAAUGACAUCAAAUUAAGUGAAUUUAUGAUUAAAGUAAGAAAAAUACACGUUUUCCAUUUACCCCAUUGACAGAUAUUUGUACUGUUUCAAGCGUAGGAUUUUGAUAUUUGAUAAGAUGUCUUGUUUUCUGAAAAAUUUGUAUCGUUUUGCUUUUCAAGUAAAUGUAUCUUGAUUUAAUAAUGUUGUGAUAUUUCUACUGGAAAACAAGACAAAAAUAUUAAGUAAGAAAAUAACUCGUAGUCCAAAUCUUUUGAAGCCAGAUUCAAAAUGCUUUUCUUUUAUGCAAAAGCAACAUUGUAUGAGCAGACCUCUGGUGAUGAAUAUAGCACACAAAUCAUAUGGACGAAUUUUAUUAUACUAUUUUUUGAGCUUGACAGAUUGUUUCCAGCCAUAAAUCUUUCAUGUGUUUCCCUCCAUCAUCUCUCCCUCUCUGAAUCCUCCAACACUACCUUUUUUAUUUCCAUUUGACAAAUGGCUUUCAUGUCCAGGCAUACACCUCCAUCAUAGUGUCUAAUGAAAACAGAAUAGAUCUGCAUACACAUCUGACCUCCACUCUCCCAGAGGGUCACAGUCUGUGAUAAGAUGCUUGUCCUCAUUCAGUUCAUAUGGUCUGUUCCUGCAAUGUUUACAUCUCUCGAGUCUUAUAUUCCUGUGAGAGAGGCACUCCUGUGGAUACUUCUAACAUGCCAGGACAGGUUUGUGGAUGAGAAGUAUCUCGUCUACUGCCCGCAUUCAAAGUGAGACUGACAGAGAAAGAUCAAAAGAAAGUCUGGAGAAUGCAUUGAAAUAGAUUGGGAAAUAGUCAUUACGCCUUUUAGUCUCAUUUAGAGCAAAUACACAGAGCCCAGCAGCGCCCGUAUCUGAUUCCAAAUUCAAAAAUGUCACGUUAAUGUCGCUAAAAUGCCAUUGGUUCUCCUGGGUGUAGUAACUGUACACGAUGAGCUACUUUUAGUGUGUUUUUCGCAUAUUGCCUGGCUUCAGAAGACUUAAUAUACCACAUAAUGAGACAUAUCGACCACUUUUAUGAUAUUUUUUAAUGCUGUUUAAUGGCAAGAGCUACAUAAUGAUUUCAGUUUUAACAAAUAAUCACAGCAUACAGGUUUAGAAUGACAUGAGGGAGAGUAAAUAAUGACAGAAUUCCCAUUAUUUGAGUAAACAAACAAAACACAGAACCUUUAGGCUCAAACAUUUUGGGUUUAUUUUUUGCCAGAGAGCAUCAUAUCAAGUGAUGCACAGUCCCAAAAAAUUAAAUGUUGAACAAGACAACAAGAAAAUGACAUUUUCAGACAUUUAAGUCCUUACAAAACAAUAUAUCCCUUUGCAGCAUAGCCCAUAAAGAAUAAUGGAGUCACCGUUGAGGUUUAUGGGAGAAUUGUUAUUGAAUGAGUGUGUUACAUUUUGUUGUUGUACUAUUCACUAUUUUCAAUAUGAUUUUAAUACUUCAUGAAUAAUUAAAGAGGUUUAUGCCCAGUAUAGAUGACCAGAAGAGACAUACACUGAGUUUAAUUGGUCCCUUCAGUCAUGCAUAUACUUUAUUCCAGUAUACAAUAUAACUGAAAAAUGUGUCAGCUGAAGUAUUUAAUUUUAUAACUUUGUACAGUUUUGUGUAUAUUUAUUUUAGUAAUGUUUCAAACUGGGAUUUUCUAAACUGUGGUUAUUACAUCAUUUACAGUUUUUGAAAAACAAAACAAAAAAUAGAUAUAAAAAUAAUAUAUAAUAAUGUAAAUAUGAUGCUGAUAAUAAUAAUAAUAUAAUUAAACCCAAGUAAGUCUAAUAAAGCAUGUGUUAAUUCCAUUUCCAUUAUUACAGUAUUUUCCAAAAUUGUAAAAAAUGUUUCCAGUUGUAUAUGUGCUUAAAUGUUACACAACAUUCCAACUAAGAUGGUAUGCUUCCUAUUUCUCAUUUUGUGUUCAGAAAAUAUUGUUAAAGCUCCUGCAAAGCCGACCAUGUCUCAGAGUCACUUCAGUGCACAGUUGUAUGCCUCCUUAGUCGUGGGUAGGAUUGUGUGGGCUGCCUCUGGAACUGCAUUUAAUGAAGCUGGUUAAACCUGUGCCUGUCACCAUGGUGAAAAAGACCAUAGAAUUAUUAUCAAUUCGCUUAAUGUUUAAUUAUCUAUCGCUCUCUUCAUGCAAGAAACAUUCUCGACUAUCUUGCCCUGUGUGCGUAUAAAGAGGCAAAACCCAAGGUAUACAUUUAAAGUGUAUGUGUUUUCUCUUGUCCAUGGGUAAAGUGUUAUGCUUUGUGUUUAAUUAACACAGUAAUACCACAGGGACAUGCAUGCAGGGGAGGAGGCUGAGAAGUGUGAAUUCAUUAUGUUCAACAUCGGAAACUUGUAAGUCUAAUUACAUCUUACCUAGUAAAUUCUUUUAAUAAACAGUAUUGAUGCUUC